AUGGAGUUUUUGAGAGAUGUUCGACUGCUUGUAUCGAGCGGUGGUCUUCUUUUUUGUAGAACUUCCCAAAGGAGACCCAAUCAUGUCGAACCUUUUGUGGUCAUUAACCCGGCCACUGGAAUGAAGGUUGAAGUAUCUGAACCUUCUGGUUUGUCAAGAGGAGAAAAAGAUAAUAAUUUAAAGGUUGUGUUCAGUCAUCAUAAUAAUGGCGAUCCUUUUCUUAUGAUUAUUAUGAUAGAUAUUGAUGGUUGGGAUGCAAUAUAUAAGUUAAUGGUAUACUCCUUUGAAGAAAAGAAGUGGAGAGGGAAGAGUCAACGAGGUAUUGAUAUUGGAGAAAGAAAUUUAUUCGUGGAAAAUCAUGUGUUCUUCGAUGAUUGUAUUUGUUUUUUGUCGGACUUUUACGGUGGUUUCACGCGUAAGAGUGAAUAUUAUUUCCCCUUUAUAUUGUGUUACAAUAUAGAAGAGGAAAAAACACAAUAUUUGAGAUUACCGAGGAAUGCAAAUAAAGGGCGAAACCACAGUACUUGUCGAAUGAAAAUAUUUUCAUGGGACAAGUGCGAGACGACGACGAUGUGUCUUGUUAAGUUUUGUAAAGGCCAAUUCACAAUAUGGGUAUGGAAUAAAGAAGGUGAGAAACAAGAGUGGGUUCAGAUUUUGAGGAAGACACUCUCGGAUAUUGGAAUACUAGAGCAUGUUGAUGUUGUCGGUUUUACAGUAAUGAAUGAAAAGACGUUGGUUAUUGUAAUGGAAAACAAAAAGGUUUACUCUUACAAUCUGGUGAGUGAUGGUGUCAAACAAAAGACGGCGACUCUUAUAAGCAAUAACCAUGGAUGCAAUGGAUGGAAUUUUAUAAUGUAUUCCUACUCUAACACCUUGGCUCAAAUUCCAAAUGCUGUGCCCAUUUUCUACCAAGCCUAA